AUCUACUCUUCCAGUCUACGGUCUUCGCUGCUUUCAUUUACAGCUCUUCAAUGAAGUGUCCCAGCCAAUCUUUCUGAUUCGCCGCCACUCCCCCAUACUCAUACUUCAAUAAAUAAUUUCCCUUUUUUCUUCUCCUUUUCCAUCUUUAACCUGGUUGGGAAUUUCUCGGACAUGGAGGUGUUGGAAAAGCUGGGUAUGAUGGAUUGGGAGCAGGAAUCAAUCCCAAGAUAUGAGGAUUUCGCGGCUCUUCCCUUGUUCGCGCUGUUCUUCCCCGCUGUCAGAUUCUUGCUCGAUAGAUUCGUGUUUGAGAAUGUAGCUAGGUGGUUGAUGUUCCCAAAGGGACAGCGGGUGCUGGAAAAUGAGACAGAUGAACGGAGGAAAAAAGUGAGGAAAUUCAAGGAAUCAGCAUGGAAAUGUGUGUAUUUUCUUUCGGCUGAAAUCUUUUCACUUGUGGUAACUUACAAUGAGCCAUGGUUCAAGAACACAAAGUACUUCUGGGUAGGUCCUGGGGAUCAGGUCUGGCCCGACCAAAAAUACAAGUCGAAAUUGAAGGCACUUUAUAUGUAUGCUGGUGGAUUCUACACAUAUUCCAUAUUUGCUCUUAUCUUUUGGGAAACAAGGCGGGCUGACUUCGGUGUCUCGAUGAGCCAUCAUGUUGCAACUGCUAUUCUCAUUGUUCUGUCCUAUAUAUUCAGGUUUGCACGUGUUGGUUCAAUUGUUUUAGCUCUCCAUGAUGCCAGUGACAUAUUUCUGGAAAUAGGGAAGAUGUCCAAAUAUAGUGGCGCUGAAACUCUUGCUAGCUUUGCGUUUGUUCUGUUUGUUUUAUCUUGGAUUGUGCUUCGUCUUACGUACUUUCCUUUCUGGAUUCUAUGGAGUACAAGCUAUGAAGUUCUCUUGACGUUGGAUAAGGAGAAACACAGAAUUGACGGACCACUUUGUUACUACAUCUUCAACACUCUUCUAUUUGGCUUGCUCGUUCUUCAUGUGUAUUGGUGGGUGUUGAUGUACAGGAUGCUUGUUAAACAAAUCCAAGCAAGAGGCAAAGUCAGUGAAGAUGUUCGAUCUGAUUCUGAGGGCGAGGAUGAGAAUGAGCAUGAAGAUUGACCAAGCCCGAACAUUUUUACUUUUCAUCUUCCACUUAAAGUGAGAAGAUGAGACGUGAUGGUUACUUGGAGCAAGAUGAUCUGAUAUGACAGCUUUGGCUUUUGUGUAUUGUGAAAUGUUGUUAGAUGAGUAGGGGAUUGAAAACAUUGCAACUCAAAGGAAAAUUGAUCUGUUAUUAGAAACCGAUUUAAUCAACCAUUAUUGUAGUUCUUCUGCUGCCUCUGGGACUUCUCCAUUCAUUCCUUUUUGCUUUCCACUUGAUACAUUGUAAGAUGAGCUGUUGCAAGGACUCAUGGCUUGCCCAGAAAGCAAUGGUGUAAGCCAAUUCAUAUUUUACUUGUGUGGUAGAUUAAGUUCAAGAAUCA